AUAAAUUAUGUUAUUGGUAAGAUGAAGCGGCGAGAGGGAGAGAGAUUGCCGCAGUGGGAAUGAGAAUAAGAAAUUUAGACAUCCAUGAUUGUCGAUCUAUGAAGUCCGAUGGAUUUUGAGUAGUGUGUAGAGUUUUUCAGAAAGAGGAAUGGGAGAGAAUUCAAGUUAUAAGCAUUAUGUAGCAGGAUUGCUCUCUGGUGUUUCCACGGUCAUUGUUGGUCAUCCUUUUGACACUGUCAAGGUGAAGCUUCAGAAACACAAUACUGAAGCUAAUGGAUUCAAGUAUAGAGGUGGAUUUCACUGUACAACUAGGAUAUUGAAGACCGAAGGAGUAAGAGGACUUUACCGAGGUGCAACACCAUCUUUUGUGGGAAUGGCUAUUGAAAGUUCACUUGUUUUUGGCAUUUAUUCCCAAACAAAGCAAGCACUGCAGGGAGGAGAUCUUAAUAAGAAGCCGGAGCUCCAUAUAAUAAUUCCUUCAGCAGCUUUUGCUGGAUCCAUUAUCAGCUUUGUAUUAUGUCCAUCAGAGUUGGUCAAGUGUAGGAUGCAAAUUCAAGGUACUGAUUCUGUGGUUCCAGCAUAUCGUAAAUACAGCGGUCCUCUUAAUUGCGCGAUUGAGACCGUAAAAACUCAAGGGGUUAAGGGAUUAUUUAGAGGAGGCGUGGCGACUCUAUUACGGGAAUCUAUUGGAAAUGCUGUAUUUUUUACUACAUAUGAGUAUUUGAGGCAUUCUUUGCAUCUACAACUCAAAGAUUCUUCAUUCCAUCACAAAAACAAGAAUUUGGUGGAUGUUGGAAUUGGAAUUGUGAGUGGUGGUCUUGGUGGUAUAGCGUAUUGGUCUGCUGUUCUUCCCAUGGAUGUUGCAAAAACGAUAAUUCAAACUAACCCAUACAAAAAUUUAAGUAGAAAUCCUUACAAGAUUCUAAAAUCAAUUUACAGGAGGUCUGGGAUUAGAGGAUGCUACACAGGUCUAGCUCCUACAGUUUUACGGGCGUUCCCUGCAAAUGCUGCUGCAAUUGUUACAUAUGAAGCAGCAUCCAAACUCCUUGGAAUUGUGCGCGACUAAACCAAACAUCUGCAUCAUUUCUUGACAUUUUUACCCAACAUUAUUAUGUAUGUAUCCAAACAUUUUUUUAGCUAAGGUUUUUGAGCUCUAGUCUGUCUGUCUUAUAAUUGUCUGAUUGAUUCCACUUUUUAUUGUUUUAGAAAAAAACUUAGUAAUUUUUAUGUCUAGUUCAACCGACCCGACCCGUUUAGAGCAUAUGGAACAACUACCCUUUCAACCCAAGGUCAGUUUUAUGUCUUCAAAACAAGUCAGAAAUAUGUAAAUAAAGCUGACUGUAUAUGUAACCACAUGUUUCAUA